AUGGACACCUUAGUACUUCACCUGUUCUGCAUCUGCGAGAACGGCGCAGCCGCCUCCAAUCCGGCCAAGAGGCGAAAGCGCUCCUCCGACGGCGCCGUCGCCGGCGAUGGUGGUGGUGGGGUUAGCAGUAGCGGCGAGGCAGCCGAUGGCGGUGGGGCUAACGUGGGCGACGAGGUAGAGGAAGGGUUCGAAGACAUUCCACUCUCUUCCGCGGGGAAGGGGAAGAAGAAGAAGAAGGGGAAGGGGAAGCCGGGCAAGAGCAAGCGCGGCGGGGGCAGCGGCAGCAGCACUAGCAGCAGCGUCGGCGAUAGCGGCGGCGACCAAGGCGCUGGCGCGGGGAUGGAAAAGUGGGCGGAGACGGAGGCCAAGGAGCGGGAGAGGGAGGCCCGAAAGGAGGAAGUGGUGGCGGGCCACAUGGUUCGAGAGAGGCGGCUGCUGUCUCUGCACAGACUGGUGGCGUCCCUGGACCAGUUGGACCGGAUGAUCGCUUGGGUGGACGACGUGGAGGAAGACGUCAACGCAAAGCAAGCGGGAGUGCUCGGUCCGGGAAUGCCGAUGAGCGUGAUAGGCUUUGAAACAACGAAAAUGUUCGAGCCGGACUGGACUGGACUUUUGUGAUGGCUCACUCAUUCACUUUGAGACGUGCUUCUUUCACUUGAACCUGCCGAGUGUAGGUGGCGGCGCGUACACGCACGCCAAACCUUGAUUCUCCCGCGAUCUUGUUUUCCUUCGGCCGCUUCCGUCGCUUCCCUCCCUACCCACUGUUGCCUUUUCCGUCCGCCUCGUUGUUUCCUCCCCGUGUCUUUUCGGACGCAGUUCUUCUGCUAUGGACUCUGGGGGUCGACCCGGGAUGCUUGCUGUUAUUUUUCCCGGAGCGUUUCCGUAACGCAUAUACUGCUUCUGCUUCGAUUGUUCGCGGGAUGUCCCAUAUUGACUUCACGGAAUUCCUGUACGCGAUCCGCAGCCAACAUCGCGCUAACCGUCCCGAAAUGACUUGCGGGUGUGUCGUUGGCAUGCCGUGGUUCGUGUUUUAAGGUCCCCCCUGUCCGUGUUUCCCCGGUGGUUCUUUCCACGGUUUUUCGGAGUGCGAAUACCGUCGUCUUUUUUUUUUUCGGGUUUUCGGUGUGUGUCAUCGAAGCGUCAGCGAGCGAUGUGUGCGAUCGCAUUGAGCGCCCGGAGGAUAAUGAUGGGGGGGGGUUAAAUGCCAACCCGGAGGAACUAGCGCGUAGCACAGGGCGCAAGCAACACCAACCGGCUGGGGGGCGUGUAUUGCGAUGGACCAGUAUUCUGAUAAGAGUGAAUUGAACGUGCUCACACAUGGCAGUAUGACCAGGUAGGUGAGAUGCACCUCGAUGGGCAUGGCGUUCUCGGGUGUGGCUUACUCGUGUCCAAGGAGCGUGUGCAACGGUAGGGCUCCUCAUGUCACGCCCCCCCCCUUAUUCGGAGGAGAAAGUUUUAGACCUUAUGCUUCGCCCUUCCACAACGAGGACGCAGUUUGUCCGACUCGAAACGAACAGGAGCAGUGUCAGAAACGCGCAGGUGAAGCACUGUUUGUGUUUUGGGGCGGUUGUUUGGUCCCAAACCUGUUUUUGGAAAAGCCUGUGACAACGUCAUUCCAUCACGACAUUGACGGUUACUUCCUUCCCGCCGCAGCAUAAACCACCCGCAAGAGGGUCGCUAGAGGAGAAUGGAACACGGGGUGAUGCUUGUAGUCAUCUGCGAAAGGUCAGGCAGGCCAAGCAUUGUGUGGCGUUGUCGUAGAUGAAGGCAGCGAGGCGAAUUGUGGCGAUGGCUUCGCGCGGGGUCUCGUCAGCGUAGUCGAACUUAGGGCGUGUUGAGGAAGCAAGUAGUCAAACGUUGCUACAUAGAUGGGCCCUGUGUUUUGCAUGCAUGGGCUACGGUUGACCGGAGAAGCCGGCAUGAGGCGUUCUAAUCUCGGGCGAUAUUUUUUUUUGUUAUUUACGAACAAGCAAACUGUAGUGGUGCUUUGGAGUCAAGAGGGCGUGCUUGAGCUGCAAGUUUGGGACUUGCUUCUGCGUAGCAUAUAAUGGGGCCCCGUGUCGUGGUCGGGGUAAUAGGUUGGGUAUUUGAAUGAAAUGAACGCGUUAGUUGGCUAUCGACUUGCCGGGCACGUGUAGCGGUACAAGCAAUACAGCAGGGGGCAACAAUAUCAUACACAAUGCACC